AUGAUUGUGGAAAUUCAUCUGUGGGGAUUCCCCAAACACGUUAUGAUUUUUAUGACACCAUAUCAGUUAGACUCUACUCUUGAAAUAAAUGAUAAAUUAUUGGAAUAUCGACGAAUGGCAGGAUUCUGUUGGCAUGAUCUGCAGGAAUGGCUAUACGGUUCGGAGAGUAUUAAGUUUAAGAAUGAGGUCUUUGAAAAACUCCGUGCUAGUAAUGUUUUUGUUCGCGAUUGGCGAACAUUGACGAUGGAUGAAAGCCGCCAAAUAUGCGAUCGACGAUGGAAACAAUUUCUGGAAUACAAUUUCAUCACGUUCGAUGGGCUUAAAACAAAUCCUGAAAGAUUUGUGGAUUUCGCGGAAAUCUUAGAAAGUUAUGACCAAAGUUUAGCAGCAAAAUUCUAUAUCAGUGCCAUCUUCUAUGUUACAAUAUUAUCAAUGGGAACAAAUCGGCACCAUCAAAUACUCGAGAAAUGCAGGAACAAUGAGGUCUUUAUAUCAUCCAAUCAUUGA